AUGGUGCGCGUGGAGUCCAACGACGUGCUGGGGCUCAACAGCACCCUCCCAGCCUUCUCGCUCCCCGACCCUCGCUCGGGCAGCCAGGUGUCCUCCGAGGACCUCAAGGGCGCUCCGUCGCUGGUGAUCUUCAUGUGCAACCACUGUCCCUUCGUGGUGCUGCUCAAGGAGGCCAUCGCGAGUCUGACCAAGGAAUACGCCGGCAAGGGGGUGAAGAUCGUGGCCAUCAGCAGCAACGACGCCGCGGCGUACCCGCAGGACGGACCCGACAUGAUGGCAAAGGACGCAGAGGCGCACGCGUACUGUUUUCCGUACGUGUUCGACGAAACGCAGGAGGUGGCCAAGGCGUUCGGGGUGAUGUGCACGCCGGAGUUCUUCGUCGCGGACGCCGCGGGCGUUCUCAAGUACCACGGCCGGUUCGACGCCGCGACGCCUGGGAACGGAAAGGAGGUCACCGGCGCCGAUCUGCGGGCGGCGCUCGACGCGGUGCUGGCGGGGAAGCCAGUGGAGAGCCAGCCGCGGUCGAUGGGGUGCAACCUGAAGUGGAAGGCCGGGAACGAGCCCGCGUACUUUGCGCUGCCGUGA